UUUUCUCUAUCCUGACGUUUUCACCGAAUCAGUGCGGAUUCAGUAAUACACCUGUCGUUAAUACGAAUGAUUUAAUUUCUACGUUUUUAACGACUGGCUAUGGAAGCUCAUGCUUAAUAUGUUUUAUUAAUUUUUCGGUACAAUAGGCCUACCAAUAGGACAAAAUAAUGAAAAAGGGAUCUUUGAAUUUUUUGGGUCGAAAGAAUAAGCAAUCUCUCUUUGACACCAAUAUUAAAGUCAAGGAGCUGGACAAUGUUGAACUGGAGUUGGACUCAUCAGCCAUUCCUGAAUCAGGCACUGCCAAAGUGAAAUCCAGACCCACAGUCAAGCACUAUACGUCCUCUUCUGACAUUGUGCAAGGGUUUGCUGUCCCAACACCCAAAGUUCCGGUCCUUCCCCCUGUCAAUAAACCAAAAAUCAACAUGGCUGUAAAUGAGGACCGGUUGGGCAAUGGAUCAGCAAUAUCUGUACCUGAUUUGGUGGAAGGGGAGAUAUUUAUUCCACCUCCCCCUUCAACGGCACCCCCACCUCCUCCCUCGAUGUUCAUCCCUCCCCCGAGUGACCUGGACUCUCUUCAGCACCCCCCAAUGCCCCCUCCAAAACCCCAAUCAAAACAACAGUCUGUGGUUCAUCCUGAAGACGACAAAGAUGUUUUCACCUCCCUGAAACCUCCAUCAGUGCCAUCCCCAAAGCUCCCGUCAACUACAUCCAGUGCUUCUAGUUCUUCUUUGCCAAAUGAUACAUCACCAAAAACUACAGUCCCUGACUUUACAGAACCCCCAAAGUUCGCCCCGCCACAGCCCCCUUCAAACAUGAGGCAAGCUGCUUUGAAAGCCCUGAAGAACCCACCUCCUAAGCCAGUGAGACUGUCCUCCAUCCCCAGCCUAGAUGAACCCCCCCAGGGUCCAGCACAAACUCCCCCUGUAAAAAAUCUUACACCCUCUAGCUUCAACCCUCAGAACACAGCUAAAAUCUACAGUGUUCCCAAGACUGGCAUCUCAGGUAAACAGGUGGACCAUGAAAAUAGGCCUAAGCAGAUCCUACUUCUGCAUGACCCUGGGUUCACUGACCCCGGCCCUGUUCAAGUCAGUGGGAAUGUCCCCUCCGUGGCACCGCCAACUAAGCCAGCACGGAAAAAUAGCUUUGGCAUGCAGCUGGACAUCAAGGAAAACUUGAAAUCCACUCCGUCAGGCCAGGCCACUCCAUCCAAGACUUGUGAAGAAAUGAAAGUGGAGCCUUCAUCUUUAUCCACAGAGCAGGGUACCAACAAACCAAACCCCCCCGCUGAGGAGUUACCCAAGCUUCAGAAGGUGGUUACUGCCCCUAUAACCACAGAGACUAGCCAGAUCAAGCAAGAUGUGUCAGCUGGCCAGAGUCUCAAGUUCAGUCCUAUGCUGGACCGUAAACUACGCAACCUAAAGACCGGUGAUGCACCUGGUCCAAGGGAGGGGCCUGCUGCCUCCCCUUUCGCUCUUCUGAUGGCAGCUAAAGAACGAGAGAAGCACAGGUCAAAGAGUAACGAGCCGUCAGCGAGCAUCCAGCACAGCCAAUCCAAUCCCAAUUCGUUCACAGUCAUCCCUGGAUCUACCUCAUUCACCUCUCAAGACCAAACCCCACCAAAACCUACCAUGUCAGUGGUGAGUCAUAGGGUUGUACCCGCCUCUACAUCCUCAUCCUCCAGUUAUAUAGCUAUGGAUAAGCAAAGUGGACAGCAGAGGAUUCUUUCACCCUUUAGCUUUGUCAAGGAAGAAGAUAAAAAGGAGGAACAAUGCAUGCCAUUACUCCCUCCCCCUCCUGAAUUCGAUGACCAUGAUAAUGUUAUGGACUCACCCCCUAGCUCUCCUCCACCUGAUCCCCCCCUAAAGAAGGUCCUGCCCCCAACUCUCAGCCCUGUCCUUCCAGUCGUGCCCCCAACUCCCAGCCCUGUCCUUCCAGUCGUGCCCCCAACUCCCAGCCCUGUCCUUCGGGUCGUGCCCCCAACUCCCAGCCCUGUCCUUCCAGUCCUGUCCCCUACACCCAGCCCUACAGUUUCUGUCAAAAUGAACACCCCUCCUCCUGCCCCUCCGACUGUAAAACCCAAACUUCCAAGCCCACCCAAAGUCCCGCCUCCUGUCCUUGACGUCAAAACAAAGAUGCCUGUUGAAACCAAACCCAAGUCUCCUCCCACCCAGGCACCCUCCUCCCUUUCAGCCAGUCAGGCCACGCUCCUGAGCAUCCUGCAGAAGAAGAUGUUGGAGAUGGACAACAAAAUGGACAACAAAAUGCUUGUCAUGAAAGAAACAGAGUCUGAUGACUGGGGGUCUCCCUUGUCUGAUGAGGAGACCAAGGUCACCGUUGGCUCUAAAGUCACCCAGAAGACCCCUUUUGUCAAGAGUGCCACCCCGUUAGUCAAAACACAAGGCCUAGACAUGAAGGAAUUGGAGAGUAAAAUGGCCAUGAAAGCUCAAGGUUUGUCAGCGCCAUCAAAAGUUCUCACCAGCAAUGGGCCACAGUCAAAGCAAGCAUCUGGGAUUACUUUCACGGUACGACCUGGAACCAAACAACCCAUCACUGUUGUCAGCAAAGGAGAUUCAUCAUGAGGAGCCAUGCCCAUGCAUAGAAGGUUUUCCCCAGUCCUCAGGAAAGAGUGCAGAUUUCAAAAAGAUAUUUCAUUGCUACGGUUUAAUCAGUGUGCGAUAGCACACAGUACACUUUUUAGCAAUGAUAUCUAUCUGACCAAGAUUCAAGGCAGGUGGUGAAGAGGCCAAUUUUUAAACUACGAGCUGUAAGUUCCCAGCCUUAAGAUAGAACAAAUAAUAGUUUUUAUAUAUUUUUACCAUAAAGACUUACUAUAAGGAUUUGUACAGAUUAUUUUUGGUUGUGUUUUUUUAUUUACCACAUUAGCUGUAUAUACAUUUUUACAGCAAAAAGGGAAUUGAAAUGUAGCAGACUACAGUACAUAGAGUACAUUCAUGCUGUAAAUGAUUUACUGUACUCUUAGCAAAGGUUCUACAACUAUGUAAACUAGGUCUGUUAUCAGACUGUCUGAUCAUCUACUUCAGUCAGCUGAGCUGAGCAAGAUAUGUCCUAUAAAAAAUAAGACUGAGUAGAAGCAAAACAAAUGUGCGUCAUGACGGAACGAAAUAAUUUGGUCUCCAUGGUAUCUAGAUUCUAUUUGGUCUAAAAUGUACGUUUAUUUUGCUUAGGUCUUACUAUUGGGUCUGUCUGUGUUUAUAUUUAUUAAGCAGCCCCACUACUGUAAAAUAAAAAUCUAGUGGUAACAAUUAUGUAGGUCAUUACUAAAUCUGGUCAAUUAUAAAACAUAUAUGUAUUUAAUCUUUUUUAAAUCAUGAUAAACCAAGAAAACUUUCAAAGGUUUGGUCAAUGCCUUUGGAUAAUAGUGUGUAUCUCCUGACUGGAGUGUAUGUCCACAAGCCCAUCUAGUUUUGGUAAAGCUGUCAUGUUGAAAGCCAUUGUAAAAACUAUGCUUAACCUGUAUUGCCUUUAAUGUUUAAUGUUUUUCAUUACUCCUUUCAACAUUGAAUUAAGCUAAAUAUCCCAGGACAAAGGCCCCUCCUUUGUAUGGUUAUUUGACCUGUGAUAUCAAACUAUGUAAUAAAAUAAUAUUAAAAGUCAUAAAUAUGUUUCCAAUAAAUGUAUUCAGACACUGAA